AUGCAAGCUGUUAAUCAGUGUGCGGUGUGUGCCAGUCGUACAACCGGAGCUGCUUUCCUGAGGAAGUACCCGUUCAGGAGUCAGGCAGCCUGCAUGAGUUUGCUAAGGAGUUCUGAGAAUGUUAAGCUGAGCAGUAGAAAACCUGCAGAUGGGAGGUUGAGUACCUGGAUGUCCACUGUGCACAUAAGCAGAGCAUCAUUAAGUGUCAGCCAUCCGCUCAGUGCUGUUGCUUUUACAGAGCAAGUGGAAAACCUGUCUCAUGACUCCUUGAUAAGGAGAGCAGCCUCACUGGUUACAGACAGUUCCAGCACAUUUCUCUCCCAGACCACUUUGGCUUUCAUAGAUGUCCUGACAGAGUAUUCAAAGGCUGUGCACACACUUGUUGCUCUGCAAAGGCGUUAUUUGGCCUCACUGGGAAAGCUCACCCCAGCAGAGGAGGACUCUAUCUGGCAGGUGAUCAUUGGACAGCGUGAAGAGGUUAGCAACAGACUCGACAGAUGCAACCGUUUUGAGUCAACGUGGGUCAAUAGUGUCAAGCUUUGCAAAAUGGCAGCUGAAGCAGCAAACACAUCGGGAGCACAGCAGGCGUCCAUCGCAGUGAAGACAAACAUUCAGGUGGCUCAGUCCCAAGUGGAGGAGGCCCAGAAACUCUCAGUGGAUGCAGAUCAGAAGCUGGCUGAAACUAAAGUUGAAGAGAUCCAAAGGAUGGCAAAAUAUGUUGCAUUUCUUGGGAAAAAUGAGGAGUAUGAAAUCAAUGAAGCUUAUUUACGUGAAGAUUAAGAGAACUCUUGAAAGACAAAAAUGUGUGACAACGUGUUGUGAUGGGGCCAGUUUAUGGGCAUACGUGCAUUUCUUGAUGGACACAACUGACCUGAGAAUUUUUAAAAUUGUCACUUGAGAAUUUAUGAUCAACAGAUUCUGAUUUCAGAUAAAAGUUCUACCAUUUAUUAUUAAUAUU